UAGAUUUAUUGCUGGAUCGUACAGGAAGUAUCAGUGUUUACACACAUACAACUGCGAUGGAACUAAUCGUCUGUGACGUAGAAACUGCAAAUAAGGUAAAAUGACGAGAAUAAAAACUGUGGCGGUGGGUGACCCCUCAGUAGGGAAAACUUGUCUCUUCAUCUCCUAUACAGCUGAAUAUCCUAGAGAUUACGUACCAACAAUAUUUGACAACUAUUCCAAAGCUGUUUUAGUAGGAGGAACAUGGAUUGAUAUAGAAUUGAAUGACACACGUGGAUAUCAUGGCGACGAUUAUGAACGGUUGAGACCACUAAGUUACGUAGAUACAGACGUGUUCAUCGUUUGUUUUUCUAUAGAAAACCGAGAAUCUUUGUCUAAUGUGACAGGAAAAUGGAUUCCAGAAAUCAGGCGACACCGUCCUCAUACGCCGGUCAUCCUCGUUGCAUGUCAAAUAGAUUUACGACACAAAAGUGUGUCUGAUGUGGUGACUUAUGAAGAAGGUUUAAAGUUCGCCAACGACCUGGGAAUACCGUACAUAGAAACCAGUGCGAAAACACGACAGGGUUUAAAUGCUGUUUUCGACGUAGCGGUACGCGUAGCAGUGAGUUCAGCAACAACAAAAACAACACAAACCGUUCACCGUAUGCUUUGUUGUAGUAGGAAAAAACAAAUACCAUUUCCUCCACUGAUGCCUCCGGUCGUAAAACCACCACUGAUUGAAGUCGAACCGUCAAGAUAUGUGGACGAUUGGAUGGCAAUGCUAGAAAACCCAGUCCAUACAGAUGUUACAUUUGUCCUGAGUGGACAACAUCAAGUGGACGCACAUAAAAUAGUUCUAUGUUCUGCCUCCGCAUACUUUAGAGGAGUCUUUGAAACGUCAAUGAAGCCCAUAGAUAGCAGCGCCAUGCCUGAAGUGAUUAUAUCAAUAGACGAAAAGGACACGAGUGAAGACGCUGUCGUCGACCAAGGUCGCCGUCAAACUGUAGUGCAGCUCAGCUCUGAUAUAAAACAACAAACAUUUGUCAGAAUCAUGGAAUUUCUUUACUUGGGUAUGGCUAACCUUACCAACGAUCAUAAUCAGAUUGACCCAGAUGACAUUGCUGACGUCGUAAGGUUAUCCGAAAUAUUCCAACUGCCGAGACUCGCAGAGAUUUGUCAAAAUUGUCUCAACGAAGAGGAAAUACUAAAUCCGAGUAUAGGCACCUGCUUGACAGAGGAGACAGGACGGAAGAUGAAGGAACUCUAUUUCAACAAACCAGAGACGGCUGACGUAGCGUUCGUUGUGGAAGGAAGACGUAUAUACGCUCAUAAAAGUGUCCUUAGUGCAAGGUGUGAAACUAUGGCGGCCAUGUUUGGAGGUCAUUUUGCAGAAGGACAAGCGCCUUUAUCUGAGGUGGAUAUCCUGGCUACGUCGGCGGAAUGCUUCCUGGCUCUGAUGGAAUACUUGUACACUGAUCAUUCACCAAUUGAAGAUGUUGAUGUGAUGGGACUUGUUGUUCUCGCAGAUAAAUACGGACUUACGCGUCUGACGAACCUGUGUGAAUUAUAUGUUACCAAGGAAAUUGACAAGAAUGUGACAGAUAAUAUAGAGAAAGCAGAUAUUGAUGUUAUCGGACUUUUACACACGUCACAGAAUUACAAUGCAGAACAACUAUCCAGCUGGUGUCUUCAUUAUAUCUCUACAAACUACACAUCAUUCAAAAAACGGGUAGAAUUCUCGUCUUUAACAGGAGGAAACAAAACAUUCAUUGAUGAGAAUCAGUGGCCUCCAGUUUCGUACCUCCGUGACGUGGAGGCGUACGAGAGGAACUUAAUAGAAGAUACAUGUUUAUCUAAAUGUGCCAUCUUAUAGGCUAAUAUUAUGCUUUUGUCCGAUGUGAGAAUUAAAGAACUGAAUAUACUCAUUUACUUUUACUUGAA